AUGAAGAACUUCAAACCUGUUUUUCGGUUGGAAUUCGAGGGGAAGGCAGAGACGCACCAAGUUAGCGACAAGGCGGAGCUAGAUACCACGAACCCUUUGCCUUUGGGUUAUGCAGUCAGAGCGAGCCCCAGACUACUGGACAGAUGGCUUGACGCGACGGUACGAUGGGCAGGCUCAGCCCCAGUCUUUCUCUUCAUUAUAGCUGGACUUUUGACGUGGGCCUUCAUGGGAAUUCCCUAUGGCGAUUCCGAUAUCUGGGUCGCAGGAAUCUCAGAUGUCCAGGCUAUUAUGUGUUACAUUUUUGACUCGCUGUUGAUGAGGCAGCUUCUCCGUGAAUACACCGAACAUCGUGAAGCCAUGCUUGAAAUUCAGUCUCGACUUGAUAGUCAUGAACGCAUGACCGCUACCGUCAAGACGAAGUUCGGACCUGAAGGAAUCCGUAUUGCCGCCGAGGAAUGCAACAAUCGGUCUCUUGAAUCGCUGAGUCAAGCAUUGCACCCCCAGACUCUCUUUGCUCGGUGUAUUAUUCGCUCAGCCAAAGUCUUUGGACAUAUCAUUACAGUUGGUCUUUACUGGAUUUGCAUAUUUGUGUGGUUGGCAUUUGGCAAAUACUGCGGCUGGUCGAGCCAGUGGCAACUCUAUAUCAACGACGCGACUUCCGCACUGAUGGCCUUGGUUUUUGCGUUUCUCACAUGCCUCAGGGAGCGCUAUGGAGACUACAACAACAACUGCCUAGAUGCCAUCUUCAGACUCGAUAUUAGUCUCGAGAGAGAGCUUCGCCAUCUUACUAAGGAUGAAAUGCCUCAUCCGCCAGAGGUAGCCUCACCCCCUAAAGAGAAUUUCAUGCAGGUUGGUAUAUUUUACUAUGCCGAUAUUGUUGGGACACUUGUCGGCAUUAUAAUCCUCGUGCUGGUAUUCAUCAUCUGGUUAGCCAUUGGUCCUGUAUUCAAAUUCAACAGUACCUGGUGGCUACUUAUCGGGACAUAUGCAGGAUUGGUCGGUCUGCUCGAUUCUUUUGUCUUGCGCAACGUGCAGAACAAAGUUCAUCAAUACGUCGGCAGUCAAGUUCGCCAAAUAGAGAAGGGAGACAUGGGCGUCCUUGCUAGACUCUCGUUGGAAGUCCCUUCCGCUGGCAGUGAUGAGAGGCUAUCUCUAACCCAACGAGUAUCUCAUUGGAUGGAUGCUGUUAGCUCCCAUCUCCUCACCGUCGUUGCUGGCUUCCUCCUUACCAUUGGUUGCUUGGUCACUUCGAGUGCGUUGAAGUGGAGCCUAACAGGACAGCUCGUGUCGAAUGUCGCUCCGAGUAUCAUAGAGACGUUCUUCAUGCUAAUUCUCAUCACUGGUCAGAAUGAUGCGGAGAAAAAAGCUCGGGUUGACUUGACCAACAUGUAUCUCCGGCGUCAAAGACUGCUUGCUUUCAUGAAAGACUUGAGAAAGCGUGAAGAGCGAAAGCUGUCUGUUGAUCUAGCAGAUGCUUAG